AUGAAGGAUUAUGUUUCGUCAUCGCAGGGCCUGAGUACAGACACAUGUCGUAUACAGAAGAGAAAUCCAGCAUUACAAAAGAGUGGCAUAAUAAAGGGGCACAUGAAGUCAUACAGGCCAUGGGAGAGGCAACAUAAUAUACGUAGUCUGGGGGAUAAUGAUUUGGGGGGCUGCCAGUCAGAUAUAAGGAGGCACAACGAUAGAAAUCUAUCAUGGAAUAGAAGGGGCAAAGGAAGAGACAGGUGGGGGCGUAUUAAAUACAAAGACGGGCAAGAUUACAGUGAGACAGAAGAAGAGAAGAGAACAGACAAAAUCGGGGGCUGUAACAUCAAGGGUGGAUAUGCUCCUCCUGCAUUACGCGAAUGCAUUAGAAUCCUGUGCAUGAGGAAUAAGGGAAACCAAUCGAACAGCGAGGGGGCGACAGCACAGACGAAAUAG